UAGGUUAGGCUAAACUCCAGUGUGGGUGGGAGAGGGGUGUAGAAGUAGAGCAGACGGGAAGAGGGAGGGCAUUAGUUGAAAUCAAAUGGCUUGCAGAAUGAGGAGAGGAACGUAUUGUUGCUUUGAAUUGUCUACAAUAACAUCAUAUUCUUUUGUACGCCACUCAUAUCCACUCAUCAAAUUCAAAAGCUUCUGCUUAUUGAAAGAGAUUCGUUAUGGUUGUCUUCAACUACUUUGCCGAUGUCGUAACAGUCGGGUCAAUCGCCUUCGCGUGUCAUCUGAAAAUGCGCAUCAUUUUGUUGCGGAUGACGAUAUCCACGCACUGUUGCAGGUACAAUGGUAUGCAUAG